AUGGUUAUACUCAAUGAUGCAAAAUUGUACAAAUGGGGUGACAAAGGAGAGACCUUCGAUCUCACUAUCUUCUUUGACUUCUCAACAGGUAAAAACUGCCAGCAUGUGGAUUCCUGUGCCUCUCAGCCAUGUGCUAAUGGGGGUAAAUGCAGCAGUUCAAGAGACAAUUACACUUGUAGCUGCCUCCCAGGCUACACUGGAUCCCACUGCCAGACUGACAUUGAUGAAUGCUCCACUGAGGUUCCGUGCCAGAACAGUGGGACAUGCCUAACUAUACCAGGAUCGUACCGCUGCCUGUGCAAACCAGGGUUCACUGGGACCAAUUGUGAGAGUGUUUAUGUCCCCUGCUCGUCAUCGCCAUGCAUGAAUGGGGGCACCUGCCGACCAAUCAACGAUGACCUAACCUACGAAUGCAACUGCCUGCCAGGGUUCAGUGGGAAGGACUGUGAGAUUAACAUUGAUGAUUGCCCUGAGCACAAAUGUCAGAAUGGUGGUACCUGCGUGGAUGGAGUGAACACAUACAAUUGUCGAUGUACACCUGAAUGGACAGGUCAGUUUUGUACAGAAGAUGUGGAUGAGUGUCAACUGCAGCCAAAUGCGUGUCAGAAUGGAGGAACCUGUUCCAACAACAUCGGAGGUUAUAACUGCGUCUGUGUCAAUGGUUGGAGUGGUGAUGACUGCAGUGAGAACAUUGAUGACUGUGCGGUUGCUAUUUGCAUGAAUGGGGCCACCUGCCAUGACCGUGUGGCAUCUUUUGUUUGCGAGUGCCCUGUUGGCAAAGCUGGUAUCUUCUGUCAGGUGGAUGAUGCAUGUGUUAGUAACCCAUGUCAUGAAGGAGCCACAUGUGAAACCAAUCCUCUAAAGAGCAGCUUCUUUUGUAGUUGUCCCCUUGGAUACAGGGGGGCCAUCUGUGAUGAGGAUAUCAAUGAAUGUGCACUGGGAGGCAAUCCCUGUGAACAUGGAGGGAAAUGUGUCAACACCAAGGGCUCUUUCCGCUGUGAGUGCGUCGUGGGUUACACAGGACCACGCUGUGAGAUGGACAUCAAUGAAUGUCUUUCUAUGCCAUGCCAGAAUGAUGCCACCUGCUUGGACCAGAUUGGUGAAUUCAAGUGCAUCUGUAUGCCAGGUUUUGCGGGGACACACUGUGAAUUGAACAUCGAUGAGUGUGAAAGCCAGCCUUGCCUAAACAACGGUGUGUGUAAGGAUGACGUGAACAGAUUCGCUUGCAAAUGCCCACCUG